UGAAACGGUGGAUUAAGGUUGUUGGUUGGGAGACGAAGCUGAUUUGGGAGUUAUCAUGGCCUGCUAUAACUAGUGGUAGGAAUGGCUAGUGCAGUUCAAACUCUAUGUGGGCAAGCAUAUGGGGCGAAUAAACAUGCAGUUAUGGGCAUUAUUUGUCAAAGAUCAAUGAUAAUGCAGUUAUUAGCAGCCGUAGUGCUCACUUUCUUCUUCUGGUAUUCUGGUCCAAUCCUUAAGUUCUUGGGCAAAAAUGACAGUGACGAGAUUGCUGAAAUAGGUCAAACUUUUGGACGUGAAAUAAUCCCUAUGCUCUACGCCUACGCUCUCGUAUAUCCCAUGCAGAGAUUCCUCAUUGCACAGAACAUUGUCAACUUUCUGGCUUAUGUAGCUUUUGGAGUUUUCUGUUUUCAUCUUCUUUUCACAUGGCUCGUCGUCUCUGUUCUAGGGUUUGGUCUUCUGGGUGCUGCUCUUACUUUGUGUCUCUCUUGGUGGCUGCUUGCGUUUAUCAUAGGGCUUUAUAUUAUUCGGAGCCCUUCUUGCAGAAAAAGUUGGACUGGUUUUUCUCUUAAAGCUUUUAAGCUGAAAGGAUUGUGGACUUAUCUCAAGCUUGUGGUUUCUUCUGCUGCCAUGAUGUGGGUUUGCUCUUGCAGUGUAUGUUUUAUCAGAGAUGCUUCCGAACUCUACCAUUGCAGUGGACUCUCUUUCCAUUUGCAUAAGUGCAGUGUGAGAGUUGGAAAUGAACUUGGGGCUGGAAAUGCAAGAGUGGCAAAAUUGUCAGUCGCAGUAUGUAAUGGAAUUGGCUUUCUGAUAUGCUUCAUUUUAGCUGCGAUUGUUUUGGCGUUUCGCGUGGCCCUAGUCAAACUCUAUUCCGCUGAUUCCCAAGUUAUUCGAGUCACUUCCUCUUUGUUUCCCCUUAUUGCCCUUUACUUUCUCAUCAAUGGCAAUCACUUUGUCCUCUUUGGCCAAGCAAUUGGAAGUGGACGACAAGCCAUAGUGGGUUGGAUGAAUUUGGUUAUUUAUGCUAUUAGCUUCGCUCUUGCCUACUUUCUUGGCUUCAAAACCUCUUUAGGACUUGCUGGUCUUUGUUGGGGCUGGGUUAUUGGAGUUGCUCUACAGACAAUUAUUGUUGGUGGGAUCAUAAUGUUUACUGACUGGGAGGUUCAGGUAAUACUCUUGACAUUUUUAAUACCAUUUAUUUAUUUGAUGAGUUGUCGAGCAGGGAAGGAGCCGAUUGAUCCUAAGAGAGCAGGACCCAGCAAGGAUUGUGGUAGUGGGAGUCAUGAUGCUAGUGAGUUAUUCCUGAGCAUUCAUUACUACGAUCUGAACGAGGAGGAUAUCCGCACUUCAUGGAACAUGAUGAUAUCCAACGGACUGAGGAGGCUCAUUUCUCAGGGGAUGAACAACCCCAUGGUGAUGCUAGUGAGGAGGAGGAGGAGGAGGAGCAGGUUCAGGGGAAUAAGAAUCCCCAUACUGAGUAGCGUCCUUCUUCUAGACACCAGACCGGUUAUGAAAUAG